AUGUCCUCUCGCCUGAUCGCUGCUCGCUUGGCUCGCGUCAACGCAGCUCGUCUUCAAACUUCCGCUGCUCCCUCGUCGAGUCUCGCCCGUCUCAGCCUCGGCUGCCGACCCAGGCAAGCACUUCCCAACUCGUCGGUUCGCGCCAUCAGGAUGAGCUCCACCGCCGCCACCUCGCUCAAUCCACAACCAGCUCCUUUGCGGACACAAGCACCGACCGCUGAGCAGGAGCAAGCAGACUACGAUGCCGCAAUCAAGCAAGUACAGGAAUGGUUCGAUAGCCCCCGUUUCAAGGGCAUCAAGCGUCCUUACGGUCCCGAAGCCGUUGUCUCCAAGCGCGGCUCCAUGCCUGUGAUCCCACCUGCCUCUUCUCUCAUGGCCGACAAGCUUUUCUCUCUUCUUUCCGAGCACGCAGCCAAGGGCACGCCAGCGCACACUAUGGGUGCCAUCGAUCCUAUUCAACAAUCGCAAAUGGCGCACAACCAGGAAGUCGUCUACGUGUCCGGCUGGGCGUGCAGUUCGGUGCUCACCACCUGCAACAACGAGGUCGGCCCCGAUCUUGCAGACUACCCUUACACCACCGUUCCGAACCAGGUGCAGCGUCUCUUCAAGGCUCAGCAGCACCACGACCGGAAGCACUGGGACGAGCGAUGUCAGCUCUCCGCCGAGCAGAAGGCGAAGACUCCGUGGGUCGAGUACCUUCGUCCCAUCAUCGCGGACGCUGAUACGGGUCACGGCGGUCUCAGCACCGUCUUCAAGCUCGCCAAGCUGUUUGCCGAACAGGGUGCUGCUGGUAUUCACCUCGAGGAUCAGCUCCACGGCGGCAAGAAGUGCGGUCACCAGGCUGGUAAGGUACUGGUUCCCACCUCGGAGCACGUCAACCGCCUCACAGCCACUCGUUUCGCAUGGGACAUUCUCGGCUCAGCUAACAUCCUGAUCGCCCGUACCGACUCGGAAUCCGCCAAGCUCAUCUCGUCGAGCAUCGACGCCCGUGACCACGAGUUUAUCAAGGGUGCUUACAACUUGCCCGAGGGUACCAGGAGUCUCGCAGACACGCUUGCCUCCAAGGAAGCAUCUGGCGCCUCUGGUCCUGAAGUCGAUGCCGCGGAGAAGGCAUGGAUGGACCAGUGCGAGCUGCUCACCUUCAACGAGGCUGUCGCCAAGCACAACGCUUCGAACAAGCAGGGCAUCGAGCAGUACAGCAAGAAGGUCGCUGGUGGUGUCUCCAACGGCGACGCACGAGCCAUCGCUAAGGAGGUGUUCGGCGCCGAGGGUGUGCCCACGUGGUGCUGGGAUGCUCCCCGCACCAAGGAGGGCUACUAUCACUUCAAGGGCGGCGUCGCUCCCGCCAUCAAGCGUGUCAAGAUCUUCGGUGCCUACGCUGACAUGCUCUGGCUCGAAACCAAGACACCCGACCUCAAGCAGGCGCAGACCUUCGCCGCUGACAUCCACAACGACCUGCCCGGCAAAUGGCUCGUCUACAACCUCAGUCCAAGCUUCAACUGGAGCGCUCACGGCUUCUCGGACCAUGACCUGAAGAACUUUGUUUGGGAUCUGGCCAAGUCCGGCUUCGUCUUCCAGCUCAUCUCGCUCGCCGGUCUUCACUCGACGGGUGCCAUGACCUGUGAGCUCUCGCAGCGAUUCAAGACCGACGGUAUGCUCGCCUACGUCGAGCUCGUGCAGCGCAAGGAGAAGGAGAUCGGUUGUGAUGUGCUCACCCACCAGAAGUGGUCCGGUGCUGCGUAUGUCGACCGAAUGCUCCAGGCCGUCAGCUCGGGCAGCUCAGCAACACAGGCCAUGGGCGCCGGAAGCACCGAGCACUCUUUCUAA